AUGUUCUUUGUCUCUAAAUCCUUGACACUGUGGAUUGUUUCUAGGUAUGAUAAUCACAGGGAGGUUCUGCUGAAAGGGAGAGUCAAUGGAGACUAUCAAGAUGAUAGUUUAGAUCUGCUGCGCUACUUCACUGUUAGCUGUUACUCUGGAUACGGAGAUGAUGAAAAGGGAUUCUUUACAGUAUAUCGACGAGUUUUUGAAAAGAUUGCAAAAGAAGAGAUGGAAUAUAUGACCCAGGAAGAUAUUGAAGAAUUCCCUAUGUUUGGAUAUUCCCAAAGUGACUAUGAUACGGUAGUCCACCCUUUCUAUGCAUAUUGGCAGAGUUUCUGCACUCAGAAAAACUUUGCUUGGAAAGAAGAAUAUGACACACGACAAGCCUCAAACCGCUGGGAGAAACGAGCUAUGGAAAAGGAGAACAAGAAAACGAGAGACAAAGCAAGGAAAGAGAGGAAUGAACUGGUCCGUGAGCUAGUAGGCUUUAUUCGUAAAAGGGAUAAGAGAGUACAGGCACACAGAAAGCUUGUAGAAGAACAAAUUGCAGAAAACAAUCGGAAAACAGAGGAAUUCCGAAGGCAACAGAAGCUCAAACAAGCCAAGUAUGUAAAUGUGGAACAAAUCUUUUCUUUUCGACUUGGAGAAACUUUCCAUGAGGAUACAGUACAGAGUUAG